ACAAAAACACACACCACAAACAGCAGCUUCCCAAAACCCAGAAACCGAAAUUCGGGUUUUGCAAUCGACAGAAAUCAUCUUAUCAAUGGCAUUUUCCGUAUCCGCUUCGCCCGCACCCGUUCACAGCUCCUCUCCGUCUUCCUCGUUUGAGCAGCCGAGAGCUGCGCAAUUCGGUGCAUUCCAGCCGUUGGAUAGGUCUCACCUUUCACCGUCGUCGGUGAAACUUUCACGGCGUCGUUGCGCCGCCGUGAAGCCGUUGCACGCGGAGGCGAAGAGGAGUGAUUCGAUCGUUCCGUCGGCUGCAACCGUGGUCGCUCCUGAGGUGGUGGAAAAAGCGGAGGUAGAAGAGGACUUCGAGAAGUUGGCGGUGGAGCUUCAAAAUGCUUCUCCGCUUGAGAUUAUGGAUAAGGCACUCGAGAAAUUCGGAAACGAUAUUGCUAUUGCUUUUAGUGGGGCGGAAGAUGUGGCUUUGAUUGAAUAUGCACAUUUAACAGGGAGGCCAUACAGGGUUUUCAGCCUUGAUACAGGGAGACUUAAUCCAGAGACGUAUAGGCUCUUUGAUGAAGUUGAGAAGAAGUAUGGGAUUCGCAUUGAAUACAUGUUUCCAGAUGCUGAGGAAGUCCAAGCUUUGGUUAGAAGCAAGGGCCUUUUCUCCUUCUAUGAAGAUGGCCACCAAGAAUGCUGCCGCGUGAGGAAGGUGAGGCCUUUGAGGCGGGCUCUCAAGGGGCUUCGGGCAUGGAUAACAGGCCAGCGUAAGGAUCAGUCUCCUGGGACCCGAUCAGAAGUCCCCAUUGUCCAAGUGGAUCCUGUUUUCGAAGGUUUGGAUGGUGGAGUCGGGAGCUUGGUGAAGUGGAAUCCAGUGGCGAAUGUGAAGGGCAACGACGUCUGGAACUUCCUCCGGACAAUGGAUGUGCCGGUGAACUCGUUGCACGCACAGGGCUACAUCUCAAUCGGGUGUGAGCCGUGCACGAGGCCUGUUCUACCCGGGCAGCAUGAGCGUGAGGGAAGGUGGUGGUGGGAGGAUGCCAAGGCCAAGGAGUGUGGCCUGCACAAGGGAAACAUCAAGGAGGAAAAUAACACUGUCCAAGACAACGGGACUGCCCCAGUCACAGAUCUCUUCACAUCCGAGAACGUCGUGAGCUUGAGCCAGCAGGGAGUUGAGAACUUGCUGAAGCUGGAAAACAGGCAGGAGGCGUGGCUCGUUGUGCUGUACGCCCCUUGGUGCCAAUACUGUCAGGCGAUGGAGGGCUCGUACGUGGAGCUGGCUGAGGCGCUAGCAGGAUCUGGUGUCAAGGUGGCGAAGUUCAGAGCAGACGGGGAGGAGAAGGCCUUCGCGCAGGAAAAGCUGCAGCUGGGAACCUUCCCUACUAUCGUCUUCUUCCCCAAGCGGUCUCUGCGUCCGAUUAAGUAUCCAUCGGAGAACAGGGACGUCGCCUCGUUGACGGCUUUCGUGAAUGCUCUCCAAUAGAAGUGAAAAUUAUAGGAAAGUUUGGAUUUGGGUGGUGGGGAAGCCUCUAAAAGUAUGAAUGGUGUAUAAUUUGGUAGGUUUGUCGUCUCUCCCCUAGUUUUUGAUCUAUCUUUAUAUUGUUUGGGUUUUGUAAGUUUUGAUGGCAACCGCGUUAAACGAUCGUUCGACGUUGGAAAUAAGAUCUCGUGUUCUACUCU